AUGGCUUCUCCAACCUCAGAAGCGGGCAAUGUUCCGUCAUCAAGCUUUGAUGCCCUAGACGAGCGAGCCGCUGCCGACAAGCCUGAAGCUCUAUGGCAGGAGAAAUUCAGCUACGAUUUGCCAGGAGCGGUGAUCAUCGAUCCUGAUACGACAUCAGCCUUGGCCGCUGCACGCUCAGAAUACAACAGCAAAGAAAUGACCUCUCAAGGAGGACGCAUGGUAUUCUGGACCGAUGCAUCAACGAACGGUGGUUUCGUCGGACGCUCUGGAAUGGGAGUAGUGUACAAAAGAGGCCCAAGUCGCUGGAUCUCACUGUCGUACCACGUCAGGAAAGAGGUCAAUAUAUGGGCAGCCGAAAUGGGAGCUAUCGCGAAAGCGCUUCAGAUUGCUGAUGAAGAGGUCACCAAAACGAAAGCGCGACCAUCAGUCGUUGUCAUUUAUUCAGACUCGCAUAGAGCUCUGUGGAAUUAUCAGAAAGGUGGCAUGCAAUCCGUUUGGUUUUCAAGGCCUUUAGCUAAGCCUGGUCUCAAGGCAGCAUAUAAUCUCAGACGACUUGGGAUAGAAAUUGAGUUACGUUGGAUCCCUGGCCAUUUCAAUCAGGACCAUAAACUGCCUAUCAAGGGCCACGUUCUUGCCCACUCUGCAGCGAGGAACGGUGCAAGAUUCAAACCUCUUCCUCAUAUCAACGACUUUGUUGUCGACCACAAAUCCAAUCCGAAAAAGAAGAAGCGAGCAACAGUCGCGAUCUUCAAAACAGGAGUCACCGUGGAAUAAAUUGCCAUGGGAGUGGAUCAAGAUUUUUUAUUGGUAUGUCUAUCUACGUUAAACUAGCCUCGCUCUCGCCUUGUUCAUCCAAAGAUGCAAAUUCCAACACGCGCUUUUGCUCCUGGACAUCCCAACAUCCUGAUUGCACUUGGCUACAGCGAGGACUAUGAGGGAUGAGUGAUUUUUCGAGAGAAUUCCUAAGUAGUCCAUUUUAUUCGUCAGCACGUU